AUGGACCCGAGUCCUGGCAGCUGCUACGAGAUCUACUUUAGAUAUUUCUACAACAAAACCGCCGAAAGAUGCCAAAGUUUUAUCUUCACUGGCUGUGAUGGCAACCUUAACAACUACCAGCUUAAAAUAGAUUGUCAAGUAGCCUGUGAGAAAGAGUACAAAAUACCCAACACCAUGAAGCCAGAAUUGAUCCGCUCAUUUAUGUUGCUCCUCAUCUUGUCCAUGCCUCUCCGUACAUUUUCUGCUUUCAUGUUCCCUCAAGAUACCAGGAAAAAAAUGUGCGAAAGUGGAUAUCUUGGAGAAGCCUGCAACUACCCCGCAAAGUCCGGCACCUGUAAGCUAAUUUUGACCAGAUUCUACUACAACUCAUUGACAUUUUUGUGUGAGCCCUUCAUCUUCUCUGGAUGUGGAGGCAACAGAAACAACUUUAAAAGCAAACAUCAGUGUCAAGUACAUGUGGAGCCCCGCCAGAUGAAGCCCUUCCUGCUGCGCGUGUUCGUGAACCCCCGCCUGCGGGUGCCGGACAGCCGCCUGGUCACUUUCCCCGAGGGCUGCGAGAGCGUCGCCGGCUUCCUGGCCCACGUGCCCCGCUUCCAGGCCGUGCAGAUCUCAGGGCUGGACCCCAGAAGAGAGCAAGUGGUGUGGCAGGCCAGUGGAUGA